UAGGUGUACAUUGCUGAUGCUCUCUCUCUCUCUCUUUCUCUCUAUCCACCCCCUACAGCUCCUUUGCGGUAACCCCAAGUACCACUUUUCACUUUUGCAUACAUAAACCUCUAUCUCUCUCUCUCCCUCCCUCACUAGUCACUAAUCACUGCCCAGUUUCACUUUUGCGUAGACAUUAGACAAAGUGUUCUCUUUCUCUCUCUAAAAGUUUGCCCUUUCUGUUUUUAUUUUCUUCUUUUUCUUUUUCUUUUUUCUCUUGGUAUAUAUAUAUAUGAUAUUUUGUUCAGUAUUACAGUAUGCAUUAUUGAGUGGGUUGGUCUUCUUGCUCUGGUAGCGGCUGUCUUUACACCCUUGCUUAUUCUCCCUCUCUCUCUGUCUCUUUCUCUCUACUCCUCAAAUAACACCCUAAAUUACUAAAAAAAAAAAAAAAGAAGAAGUUUUUUUUUCCUAGUACUUUUCUUCCCAAGAGGAGAAAUUUUAAAGUUAUUUUCAGAUAUCUUGUCUUAAUAAAGUCUUUUUCAUUGAGAUAUUUUGGUUUUAUUAUGUUUGUUUUUAUUAUGUCCUAGCUACCAGAUUUACUUGUUCAUUUAUUAUCAUUACUAUACUCAUUUUAUUAUAUAUUUCCAUCUCAGUUUCUUCCUUCUUCAUAAGUUGAUUUGCUGCUAGCUCCAGUUUAAUGUUGCUUUCAAACCCUAUCUCUUUUAUUUUCUGUUUAAUCUAUCACUAGUUAAUAACUGCUGGAUUAAGUUUGUUUAAUAUCAAGAUUCAGCUUUUCAUUGCUUCUCUGUUAUUGGGUUGUUUGGAGAUGGUGUUUUCUUGAGUUGGGAUUCAAUUGAUUGCAAAUUUUGGAAAAAAAAAAAAAAGAUUGGGGCUUUGUUGUUACAUUACCAAGUAUGAACAUUAGUUGUAAGCUAGGUAGUUGUUCAAGAAGGAGAUUGGGAUUGGGGUUGUAUGGGGUGGUUUUGUUUCUUGUAGGUUUUGGUUCAUUGAUUUGUGAGGUGAGUGGGAUAGGUGCCAACUGGGGCACACAGUCGUCGCACCGUCUUCCUCCCGAGAUAGUGGUGAGGAUGAUGAGGGAGAAUGGGAUCCAAAAGGUUAAGCUUUUUGAUGCAGAUUAUGACACCUUGAGGGCUCUGAGCAAGUCUGGCAUUGAGGUCAUGGUUGGCAUUCCGAAUGACAUGCUCUCGACCAUGGCUAGCUCAAAGGCUGCUCAGAAAUGGGUUUCUGAAAACGUCACCACCCAUCUCAAGAACAAUGUCAACAUCAGGUAUGUUGCAGUUGGGAAUGAACCUUACUUGAAAACAUACAAUGGAACGUAUCUAAGAACUACUUUCCCGGCUCUCCAAAGUGUUCAAUCUGCGCUCAUAAAAGCCGGGCUUGGCAAUCAAGUGAAGGUUACUGUCCCUCUCAAUGCUGAUGUUUAUGACACUUCUAGUGGGUUACCAUCUGGCGGUGAUUUUAAAGCCGAUGUCCAUGAAUAUGUUCUUCAAAUGGUCAAGUUCUUGAGUGAUAACGGCUGCCCAUUUACUGUUAACAUCUAUCCGUUUAUAAGCCUUUAUAACGAUCCCAGCUUCCCAGUUGAUUAUGCAUUUUUUGAUGGGGAUGCAACACCUUUAAACGAUGGGGGGACAUCCUAUAACAACAUGUUUGAUGCAAACCAUGAUACGCUCGUGUGGGCUUUACAAAAGAAUGGGUUCGGGAACUUGCCUAUUAUAGUCGGAGAAAUUGGUUGGCCAACUGAUGGGGACCGAAAUGCGAAUGUGCAAUACGCGGAGAAGUUCAACCAAGGAUUCAUGGCUCACAUAGCCGGUGGGAAAGGCACCCCAAUGAGGCCUGGACCUAUAAAUGCCUAUCUCUUCAGUUUGAUCGAUGAGGAUGCCAAGAGCAUUGCUCCCGGGAAUUUCGAACGCCAUUGGGGAAUUUUUUACUACGAUGGACAACCCAAAUAUUCGCUCAAUCUUGGCACCAUAAGCACGGGAUCUUUACUUCCUGCAAGAGGAGUACAGUACCUGGAGAAAAAAUGGUGCGUGUUUAAACCAAAUGCGAGGCUUGAUGAUGGUGAGGUUGCCUCGAGUGUGAGUUAUGCGUGUAGUCUUGCAGACUGCACAAGCCUCGGGUUUCAGACGUCCUGUGGGGGUAUGGAUGCACGGGCAAAUAUCUCCUAUGCUUUCAACAGCUUUUACCAGAUAAACAAUCAGGAAGACGAGGCCUGCAAGUUCUCGGGACUUGGAGCAGUAACAAGGUCAGAUCCUUCUACCGGAACUUGCAGGUAUCAGGUCAUGAUCCAGCCAUACUAUGGAGGCGCUGAACGGAGGACAUUAGGCUGUGCCCUGAAGACACGGGGUUUAGUCUUGGGGUUAUUAAUUCUCUCCCUGUGGACGAUUUUGUGAGCUCUAGUUAUCCGUCUAGCGAUCUAAUUCACUUUUUAGUGCUAGUUCUUGAUGCUGCCAUGUCACAUCAUCCGAUUUUUGCAACCUGGAAGAUCCAAUUGCAGGAGGAAUCGAGAUCCUUCCUUCCUUAACCUUAACUGCGGGAUUGAUGCCCAAAAAAACCUGUUUUUUUUUCGUUGAUUUGCUAAUUCUGGUGAACUGAUGAUGAUGGAUUUGAGACAUUUCGGUUUCUGAAACUGCUGCUAAGGGCAGUGUAAUGUGAGACUGUUUAUCUAUGUUGUUUUCUAUACUUUCCUUGAUUUAUCAGUUAAAUGCUACUCUGAAUGUCUCAUUGUUGAGUCACAA